UAUAUAUAUAUAUGUGAAGCACAGGAGAAUUAUAAGCAGAAGCAAUGGCUUUCUUGGAAAUUCUCGAAAUAAAGGCAGAACAACUUUCUAGCCAGAAAACUGCUAUAGGAUUAGCUUUCCUAGUCCUUGUGUGGGUUUUGUACCGCUUGAAGAAGAAUUCUAAGUUGCCUCCAGGGCCAACUCCAUGGCCUAUCAUAGGAAACCUCCAUCAGCUUGGGAGGCUUCCACACCGUAAUUUGUAUGAGCUGUCAAAAAAGUAUGGGCCUGUGAUGUUCUUGAGAUUCGGGUCUCUGCCCUGUGUGGUGGUCUCUUCUUCUGACAUGGCCAAGGAGUUUCUGAAAACUCAUGAUUUAGUGUUUGCCAACAGACCCUGUUCUGCUGCUGGAGAACACAUUGCUUACAACUACAAGAACUUGGGUAUGUCUUCUUAUGGUCCUUACUGGAGACACAUGAGGAAGAUAUGUGUGAUGGAGUUGCUGAGUGCAAAGAGAAUUGAGUCUUUUAGGUUUAUAAGGGAGGAGGAGAUUUCUCUGGCUGUGAGGUCUGUUUGGGAGAGAAGCAAGCAGGGGACUGUUGCUGUGAAUGUUAGCAAGACUUUCUUGGGCAUCACCUCAGCUAUAAUUUGGAGGAUGUUGACUGGGACAAGAUUUUCUGAUGAGGAUGUGAGUGGGAGUGGUGGUGAGCUCAGAGCCAUGGUGAGGGAGGUUACCAGCACUAUUGCUGCUGUUAACAUUGGGGACUUUUUUCCUUACAUAGAUUGGAUGGACCUGCAAGGCAUCAAGAAAAGGAUGAAGAAGGCCCAUAAUUUUUUUGACAGGAUUGUUGAAAGAAUUAUUGAGGACCAUGUUGAGCAGAGGAGAAGGGCUAUGGAUGAGAACAGGGAGUGGACUAAGGAUAUUGUGGAUGUGCUACUUGAUGUGCAAGAAUCUCAGAGUUUAGAGAUGGAAAUCACAAGAGAAAACAUCAAAGCAAUUAUCUUUGAUCUGUUCAUUGGUGGAAUGGAGACAAUGGCAACUACCAUGGAAUGGGCAAUGACUGCACUCUUCCGACACCCCAGGGUAGCCAAGAAACUGCAGGAAGAAAUUGACUCUAUAGUAGGGAAAGACCGCAUGGUAACUGAAUCUGAUCUGCCCAACAUGGACUACUUGCAAUGUGUGCUCAAAGAGUCCUUGCGACUAUACCUGCCAGGGCCAUUGUUGCUUCCACAUGAAUCUAGACAAGCUUGCACUGUACAGGGUUAUGUCAUACCUGCAAAAACAAAACUUUUUGUGAAUGCCUGGGCCAUUGCAAGAGACCCAACUGUGUGGGAAGAUGCAGAGGAGUUCAAGCCUGAAAGAUUCAUGGGCAAUAAGACUUUUGAUUACCAAGGGCAGGAGUUUGAUAUGCUGCCUUUUGGGGCAGGGAGGAGGAGAUGCCCUGGUGGGCAUAUGGCCAUGGGGCAGAUGUCCCUUGUCAUGGCUCAGCUCUGGCACUGUUUUGACUGGAGAGUUGACGGCAAUCCUGCUGAUUUGGAUAUGACUGAAGAAUUUGGAGCCACUGUGCCAAGAAAAUUCAAUCUUUUUGCCUCCCCUUCACUCAAAUUGUCCCCAGAGCUUCUAGGUUAGGUUUUAAUAUUAUUGUUUGGCAAGAUAGUUUCAAUCUUUGUUCUGUCCGAGCCAGCUGAAUCAGCAUUCAUCAUACUCGGAAUAGUGACUAGUUAAGUAUGAAUUUUAUAAUUAGAUGAAAGAUAUAUGUAGGACAAUUGGUUGUGCUCAGCUCAACCCAAGUCUUGUAGAAGUUCACCUUAAAAAGGAAAAUAUAUUUCUUUAAAAAGGAAGGAAAUUCCAAUGUCUCCACUCCCCAAGAUAUAAGAGAGUUCAGACAAGAAGGUUAGAUUGCCCAAAACUGUAAGCGAUAUAGAUUACAGCCAGAUUGUGAAAUGAGGGGCGGUCGGUCAUAUAUUCAUCCGUCCAAGUUUGAAAUAA